UAGACCUAAACUAUCAACAGAUAUCUAGAGUUCAUGGAGCGCAACCAGCAAGAGCCAACACUAUUCCAAGACAUGGAUUCUGGUGAGAAGCGCCUUAAUGAGCUUGGAUACAAGCAAGAGCUAAGAAGAGAAAUGACUCUGUUCAAGACUCUAGCAAUAUCGUUUUCAACAAUGACACUAUUCACUGGGAUAACUCCCCUGUAUGGUUCAAGCCUUCAAUAUGCAGGUCCUGCUAGUCUUGUUUGGGGAUGGGUGGUUGUAUCUUUCUUCACCUGGUUUGUUGGAAUCGCGAUGGCUGAGAUCUGUUCCUCUUUUCCAACAACAGGUUCUCUUUACUUCUGGGCUGCCCAUUUAGCUGGUCCAAAAUGGGGUCCACUCUCAUCGUGGUGCUGUGCUUGGCUUGAGACCAUAGGGCUUAUAGCUGGCAUAGGUACCCAGGCGUAUGCAGGAUCACAAACACUGCAGAGCAUCAUCUUAUUAAGCACAGGAACUAAUAAAGAUGGAGGAUAUUUUGCUCCAAAGUGGCUCUUUUUAUGCAUGUAUGUGAGUCUCACUAUAAUAUGGGCAGUGCUGAACACGUUUGCAUUGGAAGUGAUUGCUUUCAUCGACAUAAUUUCAAUUUGGUGGCAGGUUAUCGGUGGCUUAGUUAUUGUUAUAAUGCUCCCUUUGGUUGCACUGACUACAAAAUCUGCAUCUUACGUAUUCACCAAUUUCGAAGUGGGGGCAGAUGCAACAGGAGUAUCAAGCAAACCUUAUGCAGUUAUCCUCUCUUUUCUGGUCAGUCAGUAUUCACUUUAUGGAUACGAUGCAGCGGCACAUUUAACUGAAGAAACAAAAGGAGCAGAUAAGAAUGGUCCUAUUGCUAUUCUGUCUAGCAUUGGGAUCAUUUCAAUAUUUGGAUGGGCAUACAUUUUGGCGCUUACUUUCAGCAUUCAGGAUUUCAGUUACCUGUAUGAUCCAAGCAAUGAGACGGCAGGAGCAUUUGUGCCAGCACAAAUACUGUACGAUGCAUUCCAUGGGAGGUAUCAUAAUUCUGCUGGAGCAAUUGUAUUACUAUUUGUCAUCUGGGGCUCUUACUUCUUUGGCGGGCUCUCAAUCACUACAAGUGCAGCCAGAGUAGUGUAUGCAUUAUCAAGAGAUAAAGGAAUUCCUUUUUCAUCCAUAUGGCGACAAGUGCACCCAAAGCGCAAAGUUCCUUCAAAUGCAGUAUGGCUUUGUGCAGCCAUAUGCAUUUUGCUUGGACUUCCAAUCUUAAAAGUCAAUGUAGUAUUCACAGCCAUAACUUCCAUAUGUACGAUUGGAUGGGUUGGGGGCUAUGCAGUCCCAAUCUUUGCAAGAAUGGUAAUGGCAGAGAAGAACUUUAAAGCCGGGCCAUUUUACUUGGGGAGAGCUAGAAGACCAGUCUGCCUGAUUGCCUUUCUGUGGAUUUGUUACACUUGUUCAGUGUUUCUUUUACCAACUUACUACCCAAUUACUGGGGAAACUUUCAAUUAUGCACCUGUAGCUUUAGGUGUGGGUUUGUCUCUGAUAAUGCUGUGGUGGGUGGUGGAUGCAAGGAAAUGGUUUAAGGGACCUGUUAGGAACAUAGAAAUUCAGAAUGGAAAGGUUUAACUUCA